AUGGAUUCGGACGACUCGGAAUUUUAUGGCGACGAAGACACCAUCUCCUCCCUCAAAGCCCGAGUUGAUGACUUUGACAUCGCAGCCUGGUGGAGUCAGGCACACCAUAAACGCAAAUACUCUGCCCAACCACUAGCUACCCUUACGGACCGCUUAACCCUCGCAGCAAUCACAGACCGGCUAUACAACCGACGUGGCGGCGAGGAGCGGCUAGCGCUGCUGUCACACUUCCAGGAGAUGGCCAGGGGCAGCGGCAUGCCGCUGUCGGUCGUGCAAAUGGAGCGGUGGGAAGCGGAGAGGGACCUUCGGCAGCUCGCCGUGGCCUGUGAGCUCAUCACGGGCAAAUGGAUGCUCUUCCUUGCGCCAGAAGAGGUGGAUGAGGUUUGGGAGAGAGUCGCGCGGGCCACGGCGCAGAACCGGCUCGGCAUCGGGGCCAAGGUCGAGAUUGCUGGCGGUGCUGAGACGGGCAAGGCAAGGCUUUUGUGUGUGUACACGAGGGAUUUCAGGGAUAAGCGUGAUGUUGCUAGGGUGUUGGACGUAUUGAGGCAGCUGCAAUUGGUGAUGCUGGGUGGGGAGCAGAUUUACUACAAAUCUGGGUUCUGCUCACCGUUUCUUAUUGAUGCUUGGACGGAAUUGGGGAUCUAUGGAGGGAACAGCUGGGGCAUCCGGGCAUCCAUGUACUCCUCCAACGAGAUAUUUUCUUUCGUUAAAAGCCUUGACCAGGAGGCGUUGUAA